AUGCCGCCUCGUCUGCCGCUGCGGUUGCCGCAGCUCAGAUCCUCGCCAUUGGACACUCUCGCUUCAAUUGCAACCAUUCCCUCGUUUCUCCUCCCUUUCCUCCACGUCCAGUCCCGAAGUGCAUCCAUCCUAAGCUCGCUCUCCGACACACCAGGCGCUUACAACAAACGGAUCCGUCGCGGCCGAGGUCCAGCUUCAGGCAAGGGAGGGAAGUCAGGUCGCGGCUCUGACGGGCAGAAGCAACACGGCAAAGUUCCCGCGGGAUUCAAUGGAGGCCAAACACCCGAACAUAUCGUACAUGGGAAAUAUGGAUUUACAAAUUUACAUGCGACAGAAAUGUCACCCAUUAACCUGAACCGGAUACAAUCGUGGAUCGACCAGAAACGACUGGACCCGUCCCAGCCCAUUACACUACUAGAACUUGUCCGCUCGCGCGCCCUGCAUGGCAUUAAAGACGGCGUGAAACUGCUGGGCGACGGAGCGGCAGAGCUGAAGACACCCAUCCAUGUCGUUGUGUCGAAAGCUUCGCAGUCGGCCAUUGCAGCCGUCGAGGCUCUCGGCGGAACAGUCACGACGCGAUUCUACACGCCGCAGGCGAUCCGACGGAUUCGCUUGCGACAGAUGCACCCGUUCAUAUCCCUGCGCUGGGAUCCACAGGCUCUCAACAAGCCAGCUCUUGCAGCGGUGGGCGGCCAGACGCUAGAAGAACGCGUCUCGGGCGUAGGAUACGAAUACCGCUUGCCGGAUCCGACGUCGCGAAAGGACCUCGAGUACUACCGGGACGAGAAGAACCGGGGAUACCUCAGCCACACUGUGAAAGAGGGCGAGGGACCCAGUCUGUACUUCAAGCCGCCCAUCAGCGAGGAGGAGCUGAAGGUGUUGAAGAAGAAGAGCGCCUCGGGCAAGGCCGGCCAGGCGGCGAAGGCCAGGGAGGAGAACAAACUGUGGUAG